AUCUUAUUAUUUAUACCUAAUGAAAAAUGAGAAGGUUAAGCUUUGGAAGAUUGUUUCUAAUAAUCUUUGGAUUCACAAUACUAUAUGUUUUUUAUUUAAAAAUUAAUAACAUUUAUUCCCAAAAAACAUUUUCAAGUGUCAGAUCUGCUAAUGUUGAAGUGAGCCUGCACAGGACUGAAGAAAAUGAAAAGAUAGUCUUAUCAUUUGUAGUGUGUGAUUCUAGGUUUGAAGAAUCAUUGAAUGUUAUUAAAUCAGUAUUGUUAUUCACUAAAACUUCAGUCCAUUUUAUUAUAUUUACUGAAGAAAAAUUAAAACCUAAGUUUAUGGACAUAUUAAAUAAAUGGGAAGUUAUUACAAGUAAACAGUUUGAUUUCGAACUGAAAAGUAUUCAAUUUCCUGAAGCUCACAGAAAAGACUGGAUGAAUUUAUUCAGCAAGUGUGCUGCUCAGAGACUAUUUUUACCGGAUCUAUUACCAGAAAUAGAUGCUAUGAUAUAUGUGGAUACAGAUACUUUAUUUCUUGGGCCAAUUGACGAUCUGUGGAGUUACUUUUCUAAAUUCAACACCUCUCAGUUGACUGCAAUGGCUAUAGAGGAUGAGAAUCCAAACGUCUCAUGGUACCCGCGUUUUGCAAAACAUCCAUUCUAUGGAAAAACUGGCCUAAAUUCUGGGGUAAUGUUGAUGAAUUUAACUAGGAUGCGAGAAUUCGAAUGGGUGUCUUAUGUGACCCCAAUCAUGAUGAAGUGGAAACUGAAUAUCCCAUGGGGUGACCAGGAUAUAAUCAAUAUAAUAUUCCACUACCACUCGCGUGCAGUGUACGAGUUGCCGUGCCGAUACAACUACCGCACGGACCAGUGUACGUACGGGGACGCGUGCGCGGGCGCUGUGGCGGAGGGGGUGCGGCUGCUGCACGGCAGCCGCCAGGCCUUCCACGGGAAGGAGCCGGCCUUCCAAGCAAUGUAUCAAGCGGUUGCGGAUCAUGAACUUGGGAGAGAUACACCAGAGGAAUUGUUAAACAAUAUGGAAAAAUACUUCACAAACACAGUUCCUACCAACUGUGGCAGACUAAAGGAUGCCUUCUUCAGAGUGCCUGUCAAGACGUUAACCGAUUUAUAUUCCAAACCGGAUAGGUAGCGAUAGUAAUAAGUAGAAUAUUAUAUACAAUUUUUAUAAAACUAUUGUUAUGAAUAAGAAUAAGUGAGUAAGUCAAUGGCAGGUCAAUCCCUAGCGCUUCACAAACUCAACCGUAACACACUGCUCUACGUGUAUCUACUUAAACUUACCUUGCCUUAUUCUGACGCGUACGAGUUUUUCUGACGGUCGAUUUUUAUACUAAUCUGACCGGACCCGCGCGCUUUAUAAAUUUAUGACUGACGGACUGACCGUUCUGUAUUUAUUUAAUGGGCCUAUACAUAAUCGACCAUUAUCGUCGCGAAUUGACAUGCAUUUCUUACUUUUAAUAUGUGUAUAGGUAGUACAUAGCUGUUUUUUAACUUAUGUACCAAUCCAUGGAAAAAACAGCUAUAUAAGUACUUCAAUUCGCUAUGAUAGUGUGUAGGUGGCAUAAGAUUGUUUUAUGAUAAUUGCAUAUUUUUAUACAUUCAAUGAAUAAAAAUACUGUUCGAUACUAA